AUGGCUCACGUUUCUCAACCUGCUCUCUCUGAAGGCCUCAAGAGGGUACAAGAAUCCAUCAUGGCAUCCGCAAACACCGCCACUGGUGGUUCCAACAGCACCAGCAACCCUAAGAUCGCCCAGCUUGAGGAGCAUUCCAGGACGCCCGCCCAGGACUCGCGGCUCACAACCGACUACGGCGUCAAGCAGAACAACACAGAUGAUUGGCUCCGUAUUGUGAGCGACGACCAUACUGGUCCGGGACUCCUCGAAGAUAACGCUUCUCGUGAGAAGAUCCACCGAUUCGAUCACGAGAGGAUCCCAGAAAGAGUUGUUCACGCAAGGGGUGCAGGUGCACACGGUGUCUUUCGCCUGAAGGAGGCCAUCCCUGAACUCACCCACGCCGGAUUCCUUACCGACACGUCUCGCGAGACACCCAUCUUUGUCCGCUUCUCUACAGUCCUCGGUAGCCGCGGCAGUGCCGAUACUGUUCGUGAUGUUCGAGGAUUUGCUAUCAAGUUUUACACCCAAGAAGGCAACCAUGAUAUUGUUGGAAACAACAUUCCCGUUUUCUUUAUCCAAGACGCCAUCAAAUUCACCGAUGUCAUCCAUGCAAGCAAGCCCGAGCCUGACAAUGAGGUCCCUCAAGCCCAGUCCGCCCACAACAACCACUGGGAUUUUGUUGCACUCCACACCGAGGCAACCCACAUGUCGCAGUGGACUAUGAGCGACCGCUCGAUUCCUCGUUCAUACCGCAUGAUGCAGGGAUUUGGCGUCAACACCUACACCCUCAUCAACGACAAGGGAGAGCGCCACUUCGUCAAGUUUCACUGGACACCUGAGCUUGGCGUCCACUCCCUCGUGUGGGACGAGGCCCUCAAGUUGGCCGGCCAGGACCCCGACUUCCACCGGAAGGACCUCAUGGAGGCCAUCGAGAAUGGCGCGUACCCGAGGUGGAAGUUUGGUAUUCAGGUGCUGCCCGAGUCGAGAGAGCACGAGUUUGACUUCGAUAUCCUCGAUGCCACUAAGCUCUGGCCUGAAGAUGAUGUGCCCAUCCGCUAUAUCGGAGAGCUCGAGCUCAACCGCAAUGUCGACGAGUACUUCCCCGAGACUGAGCAGGUCGCUUUCGCCACUGGCCAUGCUGUUCCUGGCGUAGGCUUCUCCGAUGACCCCCUUCUGCAGGGCCGAAACUUCUCCUACUUUGACACCCAGCUCUCGCGCCUUGGCGUGAACUGGCAGGAGCUUCCCAUUAAUAAGGCCGUCUGCCCCGUCAUGAGCAACAACAGGGAUGGCGCAAUGCGUCACACCAUCACCAAGGGCAAGGCUAACUAUUGGCCCAACCGCUUUGAAGCGAACCCUCCAGCGGCCAAGGCUGAGGGUGCGUACAUUGAGUACCAGCAGAAGGUAGCUGGCAUUAAGGCGCGCACCAAGAGCGCCAAGUUUAAGGAGCAUUACAAUCAGGCUCAGUUGUUUUACAACAGCAUGUCUCAGGUGGAGAAGAACCACAUGGUCGCUGCCUUCUCCUUUGAACUCGACCACUGCGAUGAUCCCGUUGUCUACGAACGAUACACUCAGCGCCUCGCCGACAUUGAUCUCGGCCUCGCUCAAGCCGUCGCCGAGCAGGUUGGUGGUCCUAUUCCCCAGAAGGCCGGUCGUCCGAACCACGGUAAGAAGGCCAGUGGCCUCAGCCAGUUUGAUUACAUGCCGUCGACGCCAACGAUAGCCUCGCGCCGCGUCGCCAUCGUCAUCGCCGACGGCUACGAUGCCACAGCCUUCAACGCCGCCAAGGCCGCCGUCACAGCUGCGUCGGCACUGCCCUUCGUCAUCGGUACCCGCCGCUCUGAAAUUUACCCUGCCGGUGCCGAAAAGAAGCCUGGCAACGGCGUGGUGCCGGCGCACCACCUUGAGGGCCAGCGGUCGACCAUGUUUGACGCCCUCUUCAUCCCCGGCGGUGAGGAGUCAUUUAAGACUCUGCGCAAGAGCGGUCGUGCCAUGCACUGGAUUCGCGAGGCGUUUGGACACCUCAAGGCCAUCGCCGCCACGGGCGAGGCCGUCGAGCUCGUCAAUGCUGCCAUUGCGCUGCCGGAGAUCAAGGUCUCGCAGGGUGGAGUUGAGGAGAACUACGGCGUCAUCACACUGAAGGACGUCAAGCAUGACAGUCUCAAAGAGAAGGCCGAGAUUGCUAAGGACGGUGCUGGAUUCCUCGAGCAGUUCUUCUAUGCCAUUUCGCAGCAUCGUGCUUGGGCGCGUGAGCUCGAUGGGCUGAAUGUCCAGGUAGCCUACUAG